CCGCGCGGCGCGUUGACAGUAAGAGUAUACCCUGUCUUCAGCUAUACUAACCUAGACCUUGGUUAAGACGCGAAUAUACUCGUGCGAUAUCCAGACAAGUGAGUGUGAAAGAUACGGUUCCUUCUGAACUUGAGAAUUGCAUUAGGCUUUCCUUUGGUGUGACAUAAAUAUCAAUUUUGUUCAAAUUCGAGAUUGUAGGUACCUAUAAGGUUUUGCGUGUAUUUAUGAUAGCAAAUUCUGUGAUCUGAAAUUGAACGUGUGUAAUUGAAGCUUAAAACACUUGGCCUACAAAUGAUAACAUUGUAAUGGAUUUCAAAACUAAUUUUAGUGAUUACAUAAAUUAAGUGUGUUUUGAUAUUGAAUGGACUGAACUUCAAUAAGUUUUUAGAGCAUAACUUUUAGGAGUAGGCACUAUGCCUCUAUUCCUUUGUAGAAAACAUCACAACGCCAAUGAAUCUUACUCCAAAGAAAUCGACAGAGAAAUAAAAGAAUGGAUCAAAUCUUAUAAUAAUGCUAUAAAACUGUUACUGCUAGGAACUGGCGAAAGCGGGAAGACCACCAUAUUGAAACAAAUGCGCAUACUACACGUUCAAGGAUUUUCAUACAGCGAAAAAGCCAAGAAAGUUGCGCACAUCCGUCACAACACGCACGAGUCGAUCUACGACAUAGUACGAAACAUGCCGGCGCUUAGCAUCGCCCUGCACAACCCCAAGAACAUCCAGUCGCAGCAGUACAUACUGAAGAUCGGACCGGACGGACCACUUGAGUAUACUGAGGACUACUUCGAUCAUGUACGGGCUUUAUGGCGGGACCCGGGAGUCAGAGAGUGCUAUAGGAGGUCCAACGAGUACCAGUUGUUGGACAGUGCCGAGUAUUUCCUAGACCGGAUAGACCUCAUAGAGAAGGCGGACUACGUGCCGUCAGACGCCGACAUCCUGCGAUGUCGACAGAAGACCACCGGCAUACAGAAGAUCGAGUUUAAAGUUAAAGUGCCGAAGUCGAUGCACGGUGGCGUGCAGGAGUUCUGGAUGUUCGACGUCGGCGGCCAGCGGGGGGAACGGAAGAAGUGGAUACAGGUGUUCGAGGGUAUCCACGCGAUCUGGUUCAUGGUGGCCUGCAGCGACUUCGACCAGACCCUGCGCGAGGACCACACGCAGAACAGACUCGCGGAGUCACUCGCGCUGUUUGAGGACGUGUGGCAUAGCAGGUUUCUCCUGGAGGCGGGUCUGAUAGUGUUCCUGAACAAGCAGGACAUACUGCAGGCGAAGGUGUCGCAGGGGCGCAGCAUCGCGCGCUACUUCCCCGCGUACGACAACUUCCAGCUGCACGCCGACGAGUACACCAGGACCAAGAUGUUCAUCAAGAGUUUGUUCGCUGACAUAACCAUGAACCGUCGCGAUCGUCGCAAGCGGUCAGUGGCAGCAGAACGCUUCGUCAUCCUAGAGGCAUCACGAGCCCGAGAGUGCUACUUCCACUUCACUAACGCCACUGACACCGACAACGUGCGGACUGUCUUCCGAGACGUACACCAGAUGAUUCUCACGCAUAUACUUAGUAAUAUCGGACUUUAUUGAUGGUAGACUAGCACGAGUCGGCGCAUGAGUACC